AUCGGGGUAAACAGUAAAGAUGGCGACGUCAGUUGCCGGAGAGGGACAGCCGAUCCUGAACGGGAUCAUCGACGAGCUCCACACGAAGAAACUCACCGACCUGCCGAGCGAGCUGCUCGAGCACAUCCUCUGCUUCCCGGCCCUCCAGCAUGUCGACGUUUGCAGCGUCUCCUGCUGCUGCAAGCGGCUGCACGACGUCUGUCACGGACGGGGCCAGGUGUGGGGGAACCAGUUCAAACUCAGAUGGCCGCGGCUGCAGAGGUUCUACCGGCAGAACGAGAGCUACGACUGGCUCAGGGAGUACAAGACGCGCCACCGAGUGGGGAUCCAAAUCAGACGGACGGUGGAGUCCUUCUCCAAGCGGUUCUACACGGAAGUGCCCUGCAUCGGUCAGGUUCUGGGCGACACCUUCGCCGAGAUCAAGGCUCUGGGCAUGCCGGAGCACUUCUGCGAGGAUGAGCUGCUCUUCAUCCUCGACUCUGACAAGAGGAAAAGCUUGACGCUGAAGUAUUAUGCAAAGAAGAUCCUGUACUUCCUGAGACAGCAGACCAUCCUGCGCAGCCUCAAGACGUUUCUGGAGCAGCCGGCAGAGCAACAGUCUGCACUGGAAGGAGCGGUUCUGGUGGACCAGUACUGCAACCCGCUGGCUGACAUCACCCUGGAGAGCAUCUGCUCCCAGCUGGACGAGAUCAUCGAGAAGGUGAAGAAGAUGCUGAAGAUGAAGAACCCAUCUCACCCGAGCCUGCGGAUCCCUCCGGGAGCACUGGACGAGGAUCUGGAGCUGCAGCAGCAGGUGGUCUGGGCCCUCAACAGUGUGCUGUACGAGCAGCUGCAGUACAAAGGAAACGAGUUUGACUACUACAACCCCCUCAACUCCUACAUCCACCAGGUGCUACUUCGCCGGACCGGCAUCCCCAUCAGCCUCUCCGUCCUCUACCUGACGCUGGCCGGGAAGUUGGGCGUCCAGCUGCAGCCCGUCAACUUUCCCAACCACUUCCUGCUGCGCUGGUGCCAGAAGCCGAGAGGGAGCGGGGACAUUUACGACUUCGUCUACAUCGACGCCUUCGGGAAAGGGAAGCAGCUGAUGGCCAAAGAGUGCGAGUACCUGAUCGGCCACCAGGUGGCGGCCGACUACUACAGCGCCAUCAAUAGCACGGAGCUGCUGCUGCGGAUGGUGGGAAACCUGCUGAACAUCGGCAAGAGAGGCGAUGGAAAUGAAAAGUCCUACCAGCUGCUUCGAGACUCUCUGGACCUCUACCUCACCAUCAACCCCGACAACGUCCAGUACCUGCUACUCCAGGCCCGGCUCUACUUCCACCUCGGCAUCUGGCCCGAGAAGGUCCCCCAUUCACUCCCCUCCUCCUCUGACGGUGAAGCCUCGACUCUCACUUUGUUCUCCUGCCAGGUUCUGGACAUCCUGCAGCACAUCCGGGUGCUGGACCCGUCCCAGCACGGAGCGGUGGGUUACCUGGUCCAGCACACGCUGGAGCACAUCGAACACAAGCAGCACCCAGAAGCUCCGGAGGCCAAGAGGCGGACUGCCCCGGAACACCUGGAGGUCCAGUACUCAGUCGGGCUCAUCAUGAAACACAAGAGGUCAGGCUACAACUGCGUGAUCUACGGCUGGGACCCCAAAUGCACCAUGAGCCAGGAGUGGAUCACCACCAUGAGGGUCCAGCAGCUGUCCAGCGGUGCCAACCAGCCCUUCUAUAAUGUCCUGGUGCAGGACGGGACGUGUCGCUAUGCCGCUCAAGAGAACCUGGAGCCCCACUCGGCCCCGCUGGAGAUCGGACACCCCGAGGUCGGGCGCUACUUCUCAGAGUUCUCAGACACCCACUACAUUGCCAACGAGGCGCUCCAGGCCCGAUACCCGGAGGACACGGCCGAGACGCUGGCCACAGUGCAGGACCUCUACCACAGACCAGAGCCGGACGCUGCAGCAGCGCACAAGGACAUGUAGCCACCACCUCAGUCAAGUACGAUUAGACAGCAAUGCUGCCGUCACCAUGGCAGCACCCAGUGAAACUCAGAAUUCCAUAAAACUAAUUUAUUCUUGUCACAUUACAAAAAUAA